ACCGCGAACACUUGUGCAGGCAGUGUCGAACGGAGUCACCUGAAACGGGCCUCGGUCGCCGUGAUAGUCUUCAGACACGUCGAAGGGCCGAGGACCUGCAAAGUCCUUGCAAGUUGCGCGGGAAGUCGGCCGGACCUGCGUCCCGCUGAAGUUCACUCGCGAAAAUCCCUUGGCGGUCACGCUCGAGGUAGACUUUGUCCUGGAUACCAUUCUGAAGUCGUGCGAAAGCCUGGAGGAAACCGCGCGGUGAAGAAAUCGGAAAUCCGUGUUCUCUUUACAACUAGAUGAUCCUUGGACGAACGCUCCGGUUUUAUUCGAAUUAAAUUCGACUCCCGCGAGAAGUUUUCGCAAAGAGAAAUACGCCUUCGGAAACGUUUCGGGUCCAUUGGAAUCUGUGCGGGUUUUCAUCCUGGCAAAGUUUUCUACGCAGAAGAGAUCGUUUAGAACGGAAUUGAAGUAUAUCUUCUGGAUUUCUAACCGAAGCCUCUCUGCCUGCAGUGCACGGCCUUACCGGAUACAGUUUGGAUCUUUUUGCCCGUGAAGGGUGUGUAAACUUCACGUAGAGAAUAACAGCCGUCUAAUUGAAGCUUAUAAGAUGUUCUUCUGGCGAUUAUAGUAGGAACUCGAGUAAGAAAAGAUACCGCAAGAGUAAUUGUUCCCCGGCGAAUGUGCGAAGAUCCUUGCUGAUUUUCGUCACGACGAACUCGAAACAUUUACAUUCGCGCGCUUGGAAGUCGUAAUCCCUUGUAUAACGAAGUGUGAAGAAACAUGAGGCCGCCGUAUAACGAGGGAGAGGUGCAGCAGAUCUCGCAGGAGCAAGGUGAGAGAAAUGUCGCGAUGGCAGUUUGCGUGCAACUGGCCGGUCGGGCGAUCAUCAGGGUGGUUUCACGGUGCGAAGAGGCCCAAGAUAACUGCAAUCUAGACUUGUCCGAGUGCCAGCUCAUGCAAAUCCCGGACGCGGUCUACCAUCUGAUGCGGCACACGGAGCUGAAGAGAUGCGACCUCUCCGGCAACGUGAUCACGAAAAUCCCGCCAAAGUUCGCCGUCAAGUUCUCUUUAAUCACUGAAUUGAACCUGAGCCACAAUCAGAUGAGCAAGUUGCCCGAGGAGCUGGCCGAACUGCAAGCUCUGGAAAGACUCGAUAUCUCGCACAACACUUUCAUCGCUCUACCGUCUGUCGCCUGGCGGAUACCGCAGCUUAAACGACUUCUCGCCAGCAACAAUUUCAUCAUCGAUAUCGACGUUGAGAGGCUCAGGCACGCACCUGUUCUGGAAUACAUCGACCUGCAGGCGAACCCAUUACCGCGAAGAUUGCACGACCUCCUGAGCACUCUGACCAGGAUCACGAUCGAGCUUACUCCUCGGCAGAUCGAGGAUUGGGAGGACUUGAACGUUUAAGCCGCCUUCCAAGCGAGAGCAGCUCAUUUCGCGAUGAAAGACGACGGGGAAGACUGUUCCAUCCCCCGCGUCCUCUCGACGAAGAUUGCUCAAGACUUCGCGAACUAGAAGUAGAAACGACAUUUUGUACAGUGAUAACGCGAACUGUGUGAUAACGGGUGUCGCGGAUUGCCAGGCAUGGUCCGCUUGUAUCUUUUAUAAAUGUCACUACUAGUGAUUUGUACUUUUACCGCGGAUCUGUCACUGAUCUCGUGGAGAUCGACCGAUUCCUAGUUUUUCUUUUAUACCGCGUGGAUUUUUAGAUUUUACCGCGAUACCAGCCAUGAGCGACGCUGUUGUGUGUGAUACAUAAAUACUUUAAUCAACGAAUUCUCAGAUCUCACGAUUCAUGAAGUCUUGGGUAUCAAAACACCCCCAGUAUCGAAUCCUUGGGGUCAUAAAUCAUUUGGACCGUUUGGACUUGGAUUUCUUUUUCGAAUUCUCGAAUUUCAAAAUCUGCACAGUGAAAUGUGCGAUCUCUACAACUCGAAAGUCUCGGAUCCACAGAGCUUAAGACUCGAAGAUAUAUUUGCAAGACAUCAACUUGUCGUUCAUGAAUGCAACCUGUAUCGACUGUAUUUUUAACGUAAUCCGUCAAUGUCGCGGACAAUUCACCGCUAUGGACUGCCGAUAUACUACACAUAUAUGUACAUCAUAUAGUGCGAUCUUUUUAGUAUUUAACAUUUUGCACUCGAGUGUCAUGUGAAGAUGUAAUAGAAGAUGUUAUAAUUUUGCACGAUAGUACAUUUAUAAGAUAUUACGAAACAUGCGAAAGUGUAAAAAUAAAGAUUCCGUAACUCUUUCGUAAAUUUACACUCUGAGAACGUUUUACGUGCACCCGCAAAUCGUAUGCGAGAAGAUUAGCGUCUCACAAAUUGAGUUUCGGAUAGACUCCAAAUUUACAACUCGAGUACAAAGUGUUAAUAACGAAAGAAUAACGAAUGACAAAAAUACUAUUAAGUAGCUAUUAACGUCUGGAUGUAGGGUGUCCCGUAAAGAAACAGAUUUGCCGGCGUAGACUUGCAAAUGUCUCCGCGAGAUUACGCGCGUUCUGCGCGCGAAUAGUAAUUACGAUUGGAAAUUCGUUUUAACUUCCCGUGCUUUUGAUCUAGUCAGUUAUUCGCGGACGUACGGAAAUCUCGAGAUUUACAAAUACGUAGUUCUGGCCAAACUCGGAUUUACGAACAAUUACAUCCAUAACGUUUUUUUUUAUAAGAUUAUUCGAAUUUAGGAAUUUUUUUUACUUAGAAAAAUCAAAGUUAAAUCAGAAAAAUAUAAAACUGUAUAAAUUCGUAAAUCUUUAGUUUCACACAGCUCUGAAUUCGUAGAGAUUUGAAUGUAAAGACGCGCCAGACGUCGUGAUAUGCAAACAGCACGAGGAGCACGAGAGCGCAUUUCUUUUUCAAUCAUAUUUCGCAGGACAUCGUUCCUAGUCUAUAUGUUAUAUCCUAAUUACAAUGAUUAUUAUAUCGCAAUUUGUAUCCUAUUUAUAUUUGAAUGUAUCCUAUUCUCGCGAGAGGACUUGCGUUACGGGUCAAAGGAGCUGUUGGUUCGUAUUUUUAUAUUUAUUCGCCGAGUGUUCGACGCGCCAGUUGUUGAAAUUUUGCGAGUUACGUGUCGCAAUUGUACACACGACUUUUGACAGGAGAAUAGAAACUGCGCAAUGCUUUCGAGACAGAUGGGCACUUUUACUCGCUUAUAAAUUUAUACACAUUCUGUAUUACGUAAAAUAAACUAUUCAACAGUUGUCGGGCCAAUUUUGAUACGAUGCAUGCGUGUGUCGCGGCUAUUUAUUAAUAGUAAAUAGUGCACUUGCGUAUUAACUUCGACGGAUGGAAGGUCGACGUUCUACCUUGAGCCGCAAAUAUGUAUUGUGUACGAAUACGUAUGUACAGGGUGUGCUGAAAAACGUUUAAAACAAGAAACUCGCUAGUUAAAAAAUAAAAUAGUAUCCA